AUGGCUGCUAAUAAUACACAUUUUGUUAUAUUCCCUUUCAUGGCUAAAGGCCACACCAUUCCCCUUCUCUACUUCGCUAAUCUCCUCUCUCAGCGCCAUCUACACGUGACGGUUGUCACUACUCAAGCAAACUCUGCAUCCAUCAAAUCCAUCCUCAAUGAUCCUUCGAUUUCCGUCGCUGAAAUCGAUUUUCCGACCAACAUCGAUGGCGUCCCGCCUGGUGUUGAAAGUACCGAUCAACUGCCGUCCAUGUCGUUGUAUUUCAAUUUCAUCAGCGCGACGAAACUCUUGCGACCCCAAUUCGAGAAGAUGCUACAGGAUAUUAAGCCCCCGGUGAGCUGUAUCGUGUCAGAUGCGUUUCUCGGGUGGACACAAGAUGUUGCAGCUGAGCUUGGGAUACCAAGAAUCGGUUUCUACGGGAUGAGUUGCUAUGCCAUGACCAUGUACACCAUUCUCGGCCUAAAGAAGCCACAUGCGUUGACAACUUCCGCAGAUGAGCCAUUUUCAGUUCCUGAUUUCCCAAAGUUGACUUUCACAAGGAGUGAUUUUGAUCCACCUUUCGAUGAAAUUGAUCCAAAAGGUCCUUGGGUUGAUUUCAUCAUCGAGCAGAAUAUUGCGCUGGCGCAGAGUUAUGGAAUGAUUGUCAACGGCUUUUAUGAUCUUGAAGCAGAGUAUACGGAUUACUGGAAUCGAUGUUUUGCGCCUAAAGCUUGGUGUGUUGGCCCGUUAUGUCUGGGCAAGCCAAAACAAUUAUGUGAUGAUGAUCAUCAGGAGGGAUUAAGAUCUGAUCACAAGAAGCUUCAGCCAAACUGGAGGUUGUGGCUUGAUCGUAAGCUGGAAACAGGGGUGCCGGUUUUGUAUGUUGCGUUUGGUACUCAAGCAGAUUUAUCAACAGAGCAACUCAUUGAAAUGGCUGAAGGUCUUGAAAAGUCCAACGUGAGUUUCUUGUGGGUGUUGAGACCAAAUACCAUCAAAUUAUUGGGAGGGCACUUUGAAGAGAUGGAAGUGAAUGGUAAAGGGAUGAUUGUGGGAGAGUGGGUUGACCAAAUGGAGAUACUUGCGCACCAGAGCAUUAAAGGGUUCUUGAGUCACUGUGGAUGGAAUUCGGUGACAGAAAGUGUAUGCGCUAAAGUGCCGAUUUUGGCCAUGCCUUUCUUGGCGGAGCAACAUCUGAAUGCGAGGUUUGUGGUGGAGGAGAUCGGUGUAGGAAUCAGAGUUUGGCCGUGUAAUGGAUCGGUUAGGGGAUUCGUGAAAUCAGAUGAAGUCGAGAAGCGAGUGAGAGAGCUUAUGGAAGGUGCAAAAGGGGAAGAAGUAAGGAAGAAGAUGGAGAAAUUUGGAGAAGCUGCUUGUGCUGCUAUGCGAGAAGGUGGUUCGUCCUGGAGUAAAUUAGAUCAAAUUAUCCAUGAUGUAAGUAAUUAUCAACCAUCUUAA